AUGGACCUGAUCCCAAGCCUUUCCAUGGAAACGUGGGUUCUCCUAGCUACCAGUCUAGUGCUCCUCUAUCUGUAUGGGACCUAUUCACAUGGACAUUUUAAGAAACUGGGAAUUCCUGGGCCAACACCUCUGCCAUUUUUUGGAACUGUUCUGGGCUACAUUAAGGGUGUUUUGGCUUUUGACAAGAAAUGUUUUAAGAAAUAUGGAAAAAUGUGGGGGUUUUAUGAUGGUCGACAGCCCGUGUUGGCUAUCACAGAUCCAGACAUGAUCAAAACAGUACUAGUGAAAGAAUGUUAUUCUGUCUUCACAAACCGGCGGUCUUUUGGUCCAAUGGGACUUAUGAAAAAUGCCAUCACUAUAGCUGAGGAUGAAAAAUGGAAGAGAAUACGAACAUUACUGUCUCCAACCUUCACCAGUGGGAAGCUCAAGGAGAUGUUCCCUAUCAUUGGCCAGUAUGGAGAUAUGUUGGUGAGGAACCUGAGGAAGGAAGCAGAGAAAGGCAAACCCAUCACCAUGAAAGACAUCUUUGGGGCCUACAGCAUGGAUGUGAUUACUAGCACAUCAUUUGGAGUGAACAUAGAUUCCCUCAAUAACCCACAAGAUCCUUUUGUGGAAAAUACUAAGAAGCUCUUAAGAUUUGAUUUCCUUGAUCCAUUCUUCCUCUCAAUACUAUUCUUUCCAUUUCUUAUCCCAGUUUAUGAAGCAUUAAAUAUCUUUGUUUUUCCAAAAUGUGUUACUGAUUUCUUCAUAAAAUCUGUAAAAAAGAUGAAAGAAAGUCGUCUCAAAGAUAAAGCAAAGCAACGAGUGGAUUUUCUUCAGCUAAUGAUUAACUCCCAAAAUUCCAAAGAAAUAGACAACCUUAAAGUUCUGUCUGAUCUAGAACUUGUGGCCCAAUCUAUUACGUUUAUCUUUGCUGGCUAUGAGCCUGUUAGCACUUCUCUUUCCUUCCUUCUGUAUCUUUUGGCCACUCACCCUGAUGUCCAGCAGAAGCUACAGGAGGAGAUUGAUGCGACUUUCCCCAAUAAGGCACCUCCUACCUAUGAUGCCCUGGUACAGAUGGAAUAUCUUGAUAUGGUGUUGAAUGAAACUCUCAGAUUAUUCCCAAUUGCUGAUAGACUUGAGAGGGUCUGUAAGAAAGAUGUGGAAAUCAAUGGGGUGUUCAUUCCCAAAGGGACAACAGUGAUGAUGCCAAUUUUUGUUCUUCACCAACACCCAGAGUUCUGGUCGGAACCUGAGGAGUUCCGUCCUGAAAGGUUCAGUAAGAAGAACAAGGACAGCAUAAAUCCUUAUACAUACCUGCCCUUUGGAACUGGACCCCGAAACUGCAUUGGCAUGAGGUUCGCUAUCGUAAACAUAAAACUUGCGGUUGUCAGAGUGCUGCAGAACUUCUCCUUCAAACCUUGUAAAGAAACGCAGAUUCCCCUUAAAUUAGUCAGUCAAGGACUUAUUCGACCGGAAAAACCCAUUGUUCUGAAAGUUGAGUCGAGAGAUGGGACCAUGAGUGGAGCCUGA